AUGUGUUCCCGCGGCUCCUGCCACAGCCACGAGACCUCCUGCCAUGAGUCCCGCUCCUCGUGCCACGACUCGGGGGCCUCGUGCCACUACACCAUCCAGAGGCAGCCUGUGCAGAAGUUCAGCUACGUGAUGCCCUGCUGCCCCCCGGUGCAGCCCUGCUGCCCCCCCGUGCAGCGUUACUGCCCCCCGGUGCAGCCCUGCUGCCCCCCAAUGCAGCGUUACUGCCCCCCAGUCUGCCCCCAGGUCACCAAGAACAUCUGCAAGCUGCCGUCGUGCUACCCCAAGUACUGA